UGAUCUCCAUGGCAACACCUUUUCCCCAAGGCUACCUUCAGCUGUUGACUUUGGGGCCCAGGGGGCAGGGGCAGGUUCACAGGCCACACAAACAGAGUGACACAAAGCUGCUCGUCCACUCUCAGGAUCAUCUCACCACACAGGCCUGCUCAUCCAGCACUCUCAGGAUCAUCUCACCACACAGGCCUGCUCAUCCAGCACUCUCAGGAUCAUCUCACCACACAGGCCUGCUCAUCCAGCACUCUCAGGAUCAUCUCACCACACAGGCCUGCUCAUCCAGCACUCUCAGGAUCAUCUCACCACACAGGCCUGCUCAUCCAGCACUCUCAGGAUCAUCUCACCACACAGGCCUGCUCAUCCAGCACUUUCAGGAUCAUCUCACCACACAGGCCUACACUGAACAAAAUGGCCGGAACGCCGCGCGAUGCCCAUCCCUGUAGCACGAUUGAGAAGCUGCGGCUGAAGUGUCUGGAGCGAGGAGCCGCCGGGAUAAAGGGCCUGUCAAGGACGUUCCGCAUUAUGGAUGAGGACCGCAGCAAGUCGCUGGAUCUGCAGGAGCUGCUGCGGGGGCUGGAGGCCUACGGCAUGUCCGUCAGCCGAGACGAGGCCCAGCACAUCCUCAGCACCCUGGACAAGGACGGGGGCGGGACCGUCGACUUCAGCGAGUUCCUGGAGGCCCUGCGGCCCCCCCUGUCCUGCAGCAGGCGGGCGGUGAUCACGGCGGCGUUCAGCAAGCUGGACCGCAGCGGCGAUGGCGUGGUGACCGUGCUGGACCUGCAGGGCGUGUACGACGCGACGCAGCACCCCAAGUUCCGCAGCGGCCAGUGGAGCGAGGAGGAGGUGUUCCACGCCUUCCUCGACAGCUUCGACUCCCCGUAUGACAAGGAUGGGAAGGUGACGCUGGAGGAGUUUGUGAAUUACUACAGUGGCGUCAGCGCAUCCAUCGACAGCGACGAGUAUUUCGUCACCAUGGUGCGCAAGGCAUGGAAACUGUAGGCCACACCCACCCUCGUCAGGUGCAUAUAUCUCGCACUCCGAUUGGCUCCAUUGGGGACAGACCAGAGAAUCUCAAAAGCAGUUAAUUUUCAUAACAUUAACAAGCUUCAUUCCUGAUAUCACGUUUUCUAUAUUUCCAAAAUGUCCUGGGCAUGUCCUGUGUGCGGUAUGGACUGUCCUGUGUGUGGUGUACUGUCCUGGUGUGGUGUAGACUGUCCUGUGUGUGGUGUACUGUCCUGGUGUGGUGUAGACUGUCCUGUGUGUGGUGUACUGUCCUGGUGUGGUGUAGACUGUCCUGUGUGUGGUGUACUGUCCUGGUGUGGUGUAGGCUGUCCUGUGUGUGUAGACUGUCCUGUGUGUGGUGUACUCUCCUGGUGUGGUGUAGACUGUCCUGUGUGUGGUGUACUGUCCUGGUGUGGUGUAGACUGUCCUGCAUUUUUAUGUUCGCUCCUAUUCUCCUAUCUGCUCACUUCCCUGCUAAGCUGAAAGAGUGCAAAUAAAGCUUUGGAAGAAAACC